UUCACUACUAGCCAUGGCUUCAAAUAUUAACCAUCAAGUAGCUACCUAUUACCGUUACAAUUACAUUCACUCUGCGCUCCAAGAUCGUCCUAAAUUAUCGCUAGAUGAACCUGCUGCAAUGGUUCUGGAUGGAUACGACAAUUACCACGUGUGGCGCCGAACAAUGAACUGGAGGUUGGAAAAGACAAAGACGCUGUGGUUUGCGCAUGGCACCGAUAAAGAGGUGAUGAACGAACCAAUCUAUGGAGAAUGGAAGACUCACAAAGAGCUUGUUCUGUCAUGGAUCCGCGGUUUCAUCUCGGAGGACAUAAAACCGAUUAUUAAUAAGGAAGCUUUGUCCAAUGAAGUUAGCGUGUGGAGAGUUUUGAUGCAACUUUACUGCCCCCCUAAGGAUCAGUCCAUAAUCUCAGAAAUUACGAAAGAAAUCAAUUCCCUCAAACAAUUAGAAAGACAAACUCUGAUGGAAUAUAAGAUCAAGUUCGAUGCGCUUUGGAUGGAAUAUGACAUGAUGCUCGAUGAGAACAAUGACAAGAGCAAGAGGGAGCAAGAAAGAGCCAAGAGGUUCCUUGACGGUUUGAAUGACACCUUCAAGGCAACAAGAUCAUCGAUAAUGCAAGAGAAACCUUUUCCAUCCCUUGAGAGAGUUUUUUAUUUGGCAGCUCAAGAAGAUAAUGAAGCAAAGAUAUUGGUCAUGCAGAUCCAACCUCAACCCGACAAAGUGCACACCGGAAUUGAGAAGAAGGCGAUUCUUCUUCCCGACAUCCAUGAACACGAGUUAAAGGAAACGCAAGCUGGAGACCCAUUUAGCUGCCAUGGAUGUAAAGAAAAAGGGUGUGGACCCAGUUACCGUUGUAAAGAAGAGAAUUGCAGUGGUUAUGUCCUCCAUGAAGAAUGUGCAAACGCUGUCCUUCAGCGUCAAGACAAGGUAAGUCAUCCAUUUUUCAAAGGAGAAGUAUUCGCGUUCCUAGAGAAACCCAUUGGGCAUCCUAGGGUUUGUGAUGCAUGUAGAAUGGAAGUGCAAGGGUUUGUGUAUUAUCGCAAAGAAACAAAAAAGGACACAGGCUUGGAUUUGCAUCCAUGUUGUUUGAAGCUAAGACACAACAUUCCUUAUGAAGAUUCAGGUGCAACAAAGACACUCACAUUGCAACGAGAUGUUCCGAAAAAGUGUGUUCAAUGUAAGCGUCAAAAAGUUGGGGAUGAUAUCAAAGUUAAAGGGUGGUCAUAUUUAACUUCCGAUGGAGAUUGCUUUCAUGUUUCUUGUUUUAAGGAACUGUUUCUUGAGAAAUUGAGUGAUUAUUUCUCGGAAAAGAAGGUUGUAGUGUCAAAAAUGCAGACCAAUAAUACUGUUGAGAAUAAUACGAAAGUUGGGAAAGUUAAAGGACGAUCAAAUUCCAAAGUAUCAUCAUCAGUGGUAAAGAAGAUGGCGGUAAAGAUAGCACCAGUGAUACUCAAGGCAUUGUUUGCAGCUAUUUUUGGAGAUCCUGUUUCUCUUGCUGUUGCUGCAUGGGAAGCCAUAGUUACCCUUUUUAAUAAUUAAGUAGUUUCAUUAUUGUUUGUCUUCUUUUUCAUGGCCUACUUUUCUUUUUCUACCGGGGAUUUCACUUUU